GCCGAGAUACGUCGACGAUUCUACAUUCCCAAAAUACGAACGUGCGUUGCGAAGAUCAUUGGGAGUUGCCAAUCGUGUAAAGUAAGGAAGACUAAACCGCAAACACCUAGGAUGGCACCACUCCCUGUUGAGAGAAUAACACCAUUCGUACGACCCUUCAGCUAUGUAGGGAUUGAUUAUUUUGGCCCUAUUGAGGUGGUGGUUGGUAGGCACCUGGAAAAAAGGUGGAUAGUCCUCUUCACAUGUUUUUCAGUACGCGCAGUUCAUUUAGAAGUGGCAUACAAGCUAGAUACUGCAUCGUGCAUAAUGGCUAUUCGACGAUUUGUGCUACGGCGAGGACCUCCAAUCACCAUCUUUUCAGAUAACGGGUCUAACCUCAAGGCGGCCAACAAGGAGCUCCAAGAGCAGAUAAAACGAAUAGAUUUGGCCUCCGCGAACGUGUUCACCAACGCUCGUACAAGUUGGAGAUUCUCGCCACCCUCUGCGCCUAACAUGGGGGGCGUUUGGGAGCGCAUGGUGCGCUCCGUUAAGCAGGUGAUGUCGGAACUGAACGUCGGAAGAAGGAUGAACGAUGAGAUUUUGUUGACAGUGAUUGCUGAGGCAGAGGAAAUAGUCAACUCGAGACCUCUAGUGUAUACGUCUCAGGACUCGGAGUCUGCAGAAACACUUACACCCAACAGUUACCUCAGAGGAAUUACGUCGUGCUUACAAAAUCCUGCCAUCCCUCCAACGGACCAAGCGGAAGCUCUUCGGAACUCGUACAAGCGCUCGCAGUUCAUUGCUGAUGGACUCUGGGAAAGAUGGAUCAAGGAAUAUUUGCCUACUCUGAACUAUCGCAGUAAGUGGUUAGAAGAGCAUAAACCCUUAGAACCAGGGGAUCUCGUAUUCAUCGUUGACGAUCAUGGAAGGAAUGGAUGGAUACGCGGUAAAAUUGAAACAGUCAUCAUCGGUAAAGACAAACGGAUCAGGCAGGCUAUGGUACGUACAGCACAAGGUCUAUAUCGUCGUCCAGUGAACAAGCUGGCAGUGAUUGAGGUGGCAUCUUCUUGUAAAUCUGUUCCUGAAGCUAGUUCCGGACAAGGUUUACGGGCCGGGGAACUGUUACAACCACUGGGCACUAACGACGGUCGGCUUACCGAUGUGAUGCGAGGAACCUUGCGCCGAAAUGUCAACUGAUUCAAUGACUGACAGAUGCGGACAGAGAGAGAGAGGAAUUGUUAUAUUAAAAAGUGACAUGCAAAAUAAGAAACGUGCUUACUAAAUCUAAAGUUAUCUUUCCUAAAAUUAUAUGCGAUAUCUUCUUAAAACUAGCUUACAAUAACCUUAUCCUAUUGAUUAUAUUUAAACCUACUGCUGAACAUUGAAAUUGCUAUACAACUAGCAUAAACUGAAUUAUUCAGCACAUUCAUUAUCGCGGUCGCAGGAUUUGACCAUUGUUCGGUGCACUUGAUGGGCUGAAACUAAUUUUGUAAGUCUUGAAAUAUGAUGCUGUUUGUUCAUUUCAAAUAAAAAUAUUAUUUACAGUUUGAGCUGAUUAAACCAAAACGAGCUGCUACAAAAUUUA